AUGGAGGCACAAAGCGAGGAGAUUGGGAACGAAGAGGACGAGAGGAGGGGGGCACGGAAGGAGAUGAGAGGGGCUCCGACAGUGAUUAACUGCAGCAUCUUCAUCGAAAACUUCGGAUCCAUAUCAGAAACAACCAUGGUGAGGGUUGGGCGCAAAGAGUAUAGACCUCUGGAACCUACCACCCUCUCCUCUCCUCUCCCCUCCCCCCGCCAGGACUACAAAGUGUCCAUCUUCAUGCGGCAGAUGUGGAACGACCCUCGGCUGAGCUACGCGGGCUCCAGGCAGAGCCUUGCGCUCGACAGCUCAGUCAUCGGCUCCAUCUGGAAGCCCGACCUCUUCUUCUCCAACGAGAUGAGCGGCAGCUUCCACUCCAUCACCACGGACAACCGUCGCAUCACCGUCUACGGCAACGGGGAUAUCGUCUACUCGCUCCGGCUGUCCCUGACUCUCUCCUGCCCCAUGGACCUCCACAACUUCCCCAUGGACAGCCAGAUCUGCCGCAUCUACCUGGAAAGCUACGGCUACACACUCCAGGACCUGCUGUUCCAGUGGCUGCCCGUGAACGCUGUGACGUUCGCCGACGGGCUCAGCCUGCCCCAGUUCCAGCUGCCGAGGACUGCCGAGUUGGGCGACUGCACUAAGACCUACGUCACGGGUAGCUUUACCUGCAUAGACGCCAAGUUUAUGUUGCGCCGGGAGAUGGGAUUCUACCUCAUCCAGCUCUACAUCCCCAGCGUGCUCAUCGUCAUCAUCUCCUGGGUCUCCUUCUGGAUCAACAUGAACGUGGCCCAGGCGCGCGUGGGUCUGGGCAUCACCACGGUGCUCACCAUGACCACGCAGAGCACGGGGUCACGCUCUUCCAUGCCCAAGCUCUCCUACAUCAACGCGAUGGACGUGUGGAUGACGGCGUGCCUCUUCUUCGUGUUCGGCGCGCUGCUCGAAUACAUCGUGGUCAUCAUGACGGCCAUGCGGGCCAGGAGCCUCGUCAAGACAACGCUCACCAAAUACCACGUCAGUACAGAUGAAGGAUGCGCCAAGUGGAUGGAGCGGGCGCAGUUGAUCGACAACGCCUCUCGAUUCGUUUUCCCCAUCAGCUUCGCCAUCUUCAACAUCGCCUACUGGCUCCUCUGCCUCCCGUCGAGGGGGAGAUAG